AUGGCGAGUGAAGCUGGAUGGUCCUGCGACGCCAACGAUGCGGUCCAUAUCACUGUCGUUCAGCCCGGCGAAAAGAAGCCCAAGACACUUUCGACCUUCCACCCUCAAUUCACAUAUUCUAUUUUCGGCGACGAUGAACAAAUCUUUGGUUACAAGGGGCUGAUUAUCCGUUUGCGCUUUGCCGCUCAUGAUCUGCGCCCUCACAUUCACAUUUCCUACGAUGAGAAGUUCAAGCCGAUCGGCGAUACACAAGCUCUCAAUCUUCUCGAUACAUUAAAGCCUUUUGCUCAGGAAGAGGCAUUCGGCAACCUUGAAAACUACGAGAGAGCUGUCCAGGAGGACCCAAACGCCAAAGACUUCAAGCCCCCGGGCGAGUUUGUCAUCGGAUACGAUGUUGGCGACAGAAAAUAUGAGAUCUGGGCUGGAUCGCUCGCAGACCCGGAAGUGCGGAAACUUCUGGAUCGCGUCCAGAUCCUCGUCUCCCUCUUCAUUGAGGCCGGAACUCCUCUGGAGACUGAUGAUCCAGAAUGGACUCUUGAGCGGUGGACAGUCUACUUCGUAUAUGAGAAGGUGACACCCCCCACACCAACAGCCUCGUCAUACUCCAUUGUUGGGUAUGCGACAACGUAUCGCUAUUGGCGUUACCAGCGAGAUAACUCGGAGGUUCCCACAGUCAAGAACAGCGACUUCCCACUACCGGAAGUCAAGGUCUCCGAACUUCCCUCUCGGAUUCGCAUUGCGCAGUUCCUCAUUAUCCCAUCGCAUUCCCGCUCCGGUCACGGCAACCAAUUAUACACCACAAUUCACGCUGCCUGCAUCGCAGACCCAACCGUUGUGGAAUUGACCAUCGAAGACCCCAAUGAACAAUUUGAUGCACUCCGCGACACAGCUGAUUACACUCUGCUGCAACCAGAGUUCCUGAAGCACAAUGUCAAUCUCAACCCUGAUCCGCUUGGAUCGUAUUCGCAAAAGAAACGGCCCCGCGUAGUGCCAACCUCUGCCCUAAUUCCCACCAAACUUCUCCACGAUAUCCGCACAUCAUUCAAGAUUGAAACCACCCAAUUCGCACACGUCCUGGAGAUGUAUCUUCUAAGCCAAAUUCCCAAGAGCCAUCGCCUGGCUGGUGGCACAAACCUUGCCCGGCUCUUGAUCAAGAAGUACAAGGCCACCGACGAAAACGACCGUCGCUACUACUGGUGGCGCAUGCUCACCAAGCAGCGUCUCUAUAAGAAGCACAAGGAACUCCUGAACGAAUUGGAGCUUCUUGACCGUGUGGAAAAACUUGAUGCUACAGUCCAGAACGUGGAAGAGGGAUAUGAAAUCACUUUGGAUGCGCUCGAGGAUCGCUUGUCAGAGGGUGAUGGAAAAGAUGGAGAAGAUGGAGAGGGAGAGUGGGAAGACCUGCGAGAGAUUGGAGCUCCCACUGGAAGCCGGGAUAAGCGUGUCAAGCGCAAACUUACAGUCAUGGACGAUGAAGAUGAGGAGGAGGAGGAGGAGGAGGAUGGAGCUGGGCUUGCCAAGCGCCCAAAGAACUAG